AUGCGCACACUCUCCGAGGCGGCCAGAGGAGCGGCUUCGUGGAACAGGCGACGGUCCUCAGGCUGCGGCCCACGGCGCGGAGCCCGGGUCUGGAGGAGGCCGGGAGCCGCGGGGCCGAGGCGCUGCGAGGAUGCUGCGGCCGCCGGGCUGCCCGGGGCUCCGUGCGGCGAGGCCGGCGUCCCCGCACCGCGGGCCGGGAGACCCUGGGCUCGGACCCCCGCCGAGGUGCCGUUAGGGCCCCUCCCUGCCCUGCGGGGUGGCCGCUCCUGGGACGACCCCCGGGAGGAGGAGGAGAAGCCUGGGGACACCGGCCAGGUGCCUAACACUGAGAGGAGCAAAACCCCGAAGUACCUCCAGGCCUACGAGCCUGUUGGGCAGUUCCACCAAGCCGCCAGGGAAGGCUCAGUAGACACAGUGCGGCGUCUGCUCAGGAGCGGAAUAGUCAGUGUGAAUGACACAGACAGAAGGAACAGAACUGCUCUUCAUUAUGCUUGUGCCUACGGCCACAGGGAAGUGGUGCAUCUGUUACUCACCUAUCAGCGCACCGUCAACAUAUUUGACAAGGAGCACUGCACUCCACUGAUUAAGGCUAGCCAGCGGGAGUUUCCAUCGUGUGUCGAUACCUUACUAGGCCAUGGAGCAGAUCCUAAUGAGGCAGACAUGUACGGGAACAUCGCCCUCCAUUACGCAGUUCUUAAUGAUGACUUAGAACUGGCAUUUCUACUGCUUGCAUACGAUGCAAAUAUCGAGGCAAAAACAAAGGAAGGCUUCACGCCAUACCUCCUUGCUCUACAGGAAAACAAAGAUCUUGUAGCAGAAUUUUUGGAAGACAUGGGUGCAGAUAUACAUGCGGAGGAGCUGCUGGAUAGAAACCACCGUAAGAUACACCACAGGACGAUGUGUAAGCAUACAGCACGACCUCCAGAAGCAGCUCGCAGUACUUCUCCCAGCUUCUCUCGCAGGGCGACCAACAGACGCGCUCCUUAUGCUCCUGAAACUAAAAAGAGAGACAAGAAAGAUGAUGAUUUUAAUGCCCAGGUUGAAAGAAUGGAGAAGGAAAGUGCACGGAAGGUACUGAAAGGCUCAGAGAAGUUACAUUGUAGACCUGCAGCUACUGCUUCUGCUGCUGCCGACCCUGCUGCCGCUGGUUCUGGUACCACAGCUCCUGCCUCUACUGCUGCUGCUGAUGACACGGAUCCUCCUGCUCCUGUCCCUCCUGCUUCUCCUGAUCCACUUCCUACUCCUGCCUCCACUACUCCUGAUGGUAAUCCAUUUGAUUCUCCUGCUCCUUCUGCUCAUGAUACUCUGGAUGGUCCUCAUACUCCGGAUGCUCCUGAAACUCCAGAUGGUCCCGAUACUCUGGAUGUUCCUGAUACCCCAAAUGGAUCUGAAACUCCAGAUGGUCCCGAUACUCUGGAUGUUCCUGAUACUCCAAAUGGAUCUGAAACUCCAGACGGUCCCGAUAUUCCUCAUGAUCCUGAUGCUCCAGAUGUACCUGACACUCCAGAUGUUGCUGGUACUCCGGAUGAUCUUGAUACUCCAAAUGGACCUGAAACUCCGGAUGGUCCCGGUACUCCAGAUGAACCUGAAACUCCAUAUGAUCCCAAUAAUACAUGGGAUGUUCCGGAUACUCCAGAUGAUCCUGAUAUUCCAGAUGGACCUGAAACUCCAGAUGGUCCUGAUACUCUGCAUGAUCCUGAAACUCCAGAUGAACCUGAUACUCCAGAUGAUGUUCCCAAUACUCUGGAUGUUCCUGAUACUCCAGAUGAUCCUGGUAUUCCAGAUGGACCUGAAACUCCAGAUGGUUUCGAUACUCCGCAUGAUCCUGAUGAUCCAGAUGGUGCUGAUACUGCAGAUGAUCCUGAUACUCCAGAUGGACCUGAAACUCCACAUGGUCCCAAUACUCCGGAUGGUUCUGAUACUCCAGAUGAACCUGAAACUCCAGAUGGUCCCAGUACUCUGGAUGAUCCUGAUACUUCAGAUGGACCUGAAACUCCAUAUGGUCCCAAUACUGGGGAUGUUCCUGAUACUGCAGAUGAUCCUCAUACUCCAGAUGGACCUGAAACUCCAUAUGAUGAACCAGAAACUCCAUAUGGUCCCUAUACUCUGGAUGGUCCUGCUACUCUGGAUGAUCAUGAUACUCCAGAUGGACCUGAUACUCCAGAUGUUCCCGAUACUCCAGAUGGUCGUGAUGCUCUGAAUUGUCCCAAUACUCUGGAUGGUCCCAAAACUCUGGAUGAUCCUGAUAAUUCCGCUGAUCCUUCUACUCCUGCUCCUCAUUCUUCUCCUAUGUAUCUGCACCUUCUCUUCCUCUUCCUCUUGCUUCUCCUGUUCCUCCUGCCCCUGCUAUUCCGCCUGCCCCUGCUGUUCCUGCUCUUCCUGGUGAUGCUGUUUCCUGACCCUCCUCAUGCUCCCCAUGCCUCUUCUGCGCCUCAUACACCUGAUGGUCCAGAUACUUCCGAGGGCUCAGAUACUCCUGAUGGUCUGGAUACUCCCGAUGGUUCCAAUAUUCCUGAUGGUCCUGAAACUCCUGAUUUUUUCCAAUACUUCUGA